CGCGUGCCACGACCAAACCAAUGUGAGCGCGAUAGAGGAGCCGAGAACCAGGCAAGUGGCCCAGGCCGACGCGGAACGCUACCCUCUCUUCCCAGUCGGUCUCCCUUCUCCGUUUGGACUCGCGAUCGCCUGCACUUCGCAGUUUCUGAAGUUCUCUAACCCUAAAAUUCUCUGAAUCGCCUAGUUUUAUACGGAUCGUUGGCGGUAGGCACCAGUGACCGCUCUCUCUGCUGCCUCGGCUCGUCAUCAAGCCAAGUCAGCUAGCUGAUGGCGGAGAGAGCUUGUGUAAAGAGGCUUCAAAAGGAAUACCAUGCCCUUUGUAAGGAACCAGUUCCCCAGAUUGUGGCCUGUCCAUCACCUAAUGAUAUCCUAGAAUGGCAUUAUGUGCUCGAGGGAAGUGCAGGCACACCGUUUCAAGGUGGAUAUUAUUAUGGAAAAAUCAAAUUUCCUCCUGAAUAUCCAUACAAGCCUCCAAGCAUCAGCAUGAUAACUCCAAGUGGACGAUUUGCACCUCACAAGAAGAUCUGCUUAUCUAUGAGUGACUUUCAUCCUGAGAGUUGGAAUCCGAUCUGGUCCGUCUCCAGCAUUCUUACAGGGCUGCUCUCUUUUAUGAUGGAUGAUAGUCAAACUACUGGAAGCAUUAAGAGUACAGAUGAUGAAAAGCAACGCUUGGCCAAGGCUUCACUUGCAUACAAUUGCGAGAGCAAGAACUGCCCAAAUUUCAAAAAACUCUUCCCCGAAUACGUCGAGAAGUACAAUCACAAUCAACUCCGUGCCGUCGAACAAUCAGUUUCAGAACAACCAACACAGAAACAGCAACCAAAUCCCACUCCAUCAACCACAUAUGAAGCUGCCAAAAGACCAGAAAAUGCAACGGAACAGAACAUUCCAGUAAACAUUGCGAGGAACCGGCAGCAGACCAGAAACGUCCCCUUAUGGCUUCUUUUGCUACUUGCCUCCGUUUUCGGUGUUGUCAUGGCCUUGCCUCUCUUCCAGCUUUGAUUUGUGCUUCUGCUAAUUUUAUAAAUGUUUUCCUUUGCCUUGCAUCCUUUUGUCUUAUUUUAAAAUUGGGGAUAAUUUUGUAAAGUGAUAGGGGUUGUCUUGGUUAUAGCCAUGGCUAGUUUUCGUUUUGGAUAUUGAACUGAUCUUUGCAGUGGUUUCUGAAUAUGGAUUGUUUUUGGUUGA